GUCCAGUCUUGCUCAAAACAAGUGAAAUCUUUUAAGUUAGUGCUAAAAUACAAUUUUACUGUGAAAGACGUAUUCCCACCUAUGUGCAUUAUCCAAAAAAGAAAACUUUUGAUUACAUGAACUAAACAAGCGUUGACAUCGCAGAUUUUAGAUUUAAAAUAGCGGGGUUUAAAUAUUUUAAUUCUGUGAAGACUGUUAUAAAAAGUAGAAAAACUUAUAACUGCAAUAUGGCAAUGGCGGUACCAUCACGUUUCGCAUGUCUGAAAAUUGAAGACGAUGAUUUUCGACCAAAAAAUCCGAAUAAAGAAAAGAAUUGUAAUAAUAAGAAAAAACCUGCAGGAAACAAUAAAUCAGAACCUAAAAAAACAACUAAAGGAAAUCCCAAUCCUAAGAACCUUCAGCAGUCGAAAACAAAUCAGCAAAAUAAGAAGAAAAAAAAUGAUAAAAGUACUGAGCAAUGGGAGCAAUGGAAACAAAAGGAUAAUGAAUUAGUUGAUGAGUGCUAUGAAGAUGAUUUACAACAGGCUCUACUUCUAUCUAAGCUAGAGUUUGAAGAAAAGAAACAUCUGAAUAAGCAAAAGAAAUGUAAUGAAGUAAUUGGUAAAUCGGAUAACAUUGAUGGGAAAGAAAAUAAAAAACAAAAGAAUAAGUCUAAAGUUAUGUCCUUGGACCAGUUUAAUAAUCUAAUGUCGGGAAAUGUAAAUGAAGAGGUUAAUGUAACAAUCAAUCAAGAAGUAGAGGAAAAUUUUGAGAAUGAUAAAGAGUUUUUCUCAAGAUUGCAAAUGGAUACUAAAGAGGAGUUAUCUAAAGAGCAUAUGAGAGAAACCAUUCAAGUACGACAGCCUCCUACAACUGAAAUUAUAACAUCCGCACAAUAUAAAGAACAACUUGAAAAGAAAGAUGAAGAAAUACAAAAACUUCGAGCAGUAGUAGAUGACUUGAAAGCAGAGUUAUUGACUGUUAAAACUAGAAAUAAGAAACUUUGUAGCAUUCUUGGUCAAGGGGAAAUGCGAGAUAAAGCAGAAGUUCUUGUAGAAGUUGAUCGUUUGACUCGUGUUCAAGUUGAACUUACUGCAGAAGUACAGUCACUGCAUGCUCAGUUAGAACAAGAAAAAUCCAAAGUGCAUUAUUUAACUGAAAAGGACCAUAAAGGGAAGGAUAAGAAAAAACGGGAUAAUGCUGCAACUAGAACAGACUAAAGGACUGACUGAAGAAAUAAUUUCAGAAACAAUUCUAUGUUAUGAAACUAUUUUACAUUUCCAUUCUUUAAUUGAAGUUUUAAUAACAAGAGUUAAUGAAAUGAAUUUAAUACUUUGAUUUAAUACUGAUCAGUAUCUAGCUUAUUCCGUUAAGAUUAUAUAGAGAUAUGUUAUAUAAUGAAAUUUUUUAAUAACCCAAAAUGUUAUAAUUUACAUUUAAGUGAAUGUAUA